AUGACAACAGUGAAGAUCAUGUUGACCAUAGUUUUACUCACAGCUGUGGUCCGUGUUACACUUGGCCAGUUAAAUACAGCACAGGAUGGAGCCAAUGCUAAUGCUGCAAACACUAUUUAUUAUUUGGACAGCAACAGUGACUGCAAUGGCCCCACUCGUGAACUGUUUGGGUUUGAGGCUACAAUAAGAGGAAAUGAUAUCUCCACUACUAGGCUAGGGCCAAAAUCUUGUGUUAUUAGACUGCGAUCAUCAGGACAGUUUCAAGGUAUGGUCCUUGACAUUGAGGUGAAAGCUAUGAACAUACAAGACUGCUCUACGGUUGUGACUAUCUUCGAUGGGGAUGAAAAUAGUCUUCAGUUGAUGUCCUUUGACUGCAAAAGCAAUUUUUUGAUGUAUAAAAAGAGAUUUCAAACAACAGGGGACACUGCCACAUUUCAGAUGAAACGGGAAAACCUAAACAGUUACAAUUUUGAUAUUGAAAUCAAGGUUAGCCCUAUUAGAGGUGGUACUAAACCGGGUUAUGAAAAUAACUUUGGCUAUGGUUACUUCUUCGAUAAAUUUCCUCAACAAACGAUUGUUGCAAUGAUUGGAGGUUUCUAUGGACUCAUACUUGCAAUCUGUGUAGCUAUUUUCAUUCAGUGCUGUUGUAAAUAUCAAAAGCUGAAUAAACAAUGGGAGGUCCAACAGCUUGCAACAAUAAAAAAAGGUGCUGCCUUCGAUACCAGGAGUCAGGCAUCGAAUGUUUGGUCGGUUGAGAUGAAACCAAGUAAAGGACCUGGCAGCCAGUAUUCUGAUUAUAAAACAGAUCCCCCCUUGGGUAAAACUAUGAAACGGAUUGACGAUGGGAAUGCCCAUGUAUAUAAUAAUGUUGACACAUUACAGACACAGCGACUGAUGGGUGCUGAGAAAGAGAAACCAAAAUCACAGUAUGUAUCCAGCAAUGCUUCCUUCACUGAACCUGAAGAAGAUUCUGAUCAUUUUGUUGAGAAAGUCAUCACACCGCGGGUAAAAACCAACAGAAGCUGGCAACGUAAGCGUCCACCAUCGUAUGCAGAGGCCGUGAGUGAUCAUAUAUCUGACCCUUCCUCAGAGGAGGAAUCAGAAGUCUCUGGUAGUGACAGUACAGUCAAGAAACGGCCUCCAUCUUCAUCAGAAAGUAGAUCGGAGAGGUCAGGGUCAUCGUAUACCCAGUCAGAAACUGAGUCUGAAGCAGUAAGUUCACGCAGCAGCCAUGCUAGCAGAGAUCAGGGUGCUAGGGCUCAAAGAGAGAACAGAAGACCACAUCAUCAUCAUCAUGGUAGAAUUUCAGAAGAUCACCGACACAGACAUCAACCAGAACUAAAACGAGCAGCACAACCUCAGCCAGUGCCAGCAGCUCAGCUUCACAUGCAGCAAGUUCCUUAUGGAGCAUACCCAUCUGGUCAGUUUGUACCAGUGAUGGUUGGUCCUAACCAGUUUCAGCAGAUGGCCAUGGCUCCUAAUUUCCCACCUCCUGGUUAUUCAGAUGAGCAGGCAGCAGUGCAAGGGUCACACAUUCAGCCUACAGACCCUCCUGUUUAUUCAUAUCUGGUGCAGAGGGGCUACAGACCUCUAGAUGCCCGCAGUGGCUCAGCACCCAGCAUGGCAGGCAGCCACAGAGCAGGUGGAGGACAGUUAGAAGAUUCUGAUUUAAGGCUUGACAGUGGUGUCGAGUACAUGAAGAGGUGA